UUUUUCCGCCCUUCUCGCUUGCGCACGGUUCCUUUCGACGCCGUCAUCACCCUCUUCCCCCCCAGUCCAACCUUUGCUUCACCGCAAGAGAGCCUGACCAGCUUCUUUGCGCAAUUCUCCUGUAAUCAGCUCUCUCGCGCGCUCUCUGUUUUCUACUUAGUAGCCUUGCGCUCACUGGAAAGUUCCCGAGACGCCGGUCUUGGCAUAACAGAGAGCAAAACCCUCCAGGCAACCGUUCUCUCUCUCAUCGUCUACUUACUGUCGACGACCUCGAUCAACCCUUCUCGCAUCGUCCUCUCAAGGCUCUCUGCGAAAGGUUUCUUUAAGGUCGCCACACCUGAUCCUUACUGUCUACGCGCUUGCCGUCGUCGCAGCGACUGAUACUUUGCUGGACACUUUGAGUAGCUGCUCUGGCAUAGUCGGUACGACACCUCACACCACUGCCUGUCACUGCUCUUCAUAAUAGGGCCGACGCGAUCUAUCGACGCCCGGAAGCCCAAGCUUUCGAUCACUUUUGCGCCGCGAUCACUUCGACCUCUUCCGUCACCUUAGAAGCUACACCUGAACGUGAGCCGCUGGUUAACACCGCGCCUGUCUAUCUAGUCACUGCCUCCAACGGCCACAUAAAUAAAAACAAACAAGAAGCUUUACUCGUGCCACAAACCCGCCGUCGUCCACUGUGCGUGACGCGUCAUCUGAGCUUUGGUCGCCAUCAUGGAUUUAACUUCGCACCCGACCACGGCUGCGGCUGCAAAGAACUUUGUGGCACCAAACUCACUCAGCUACCCCUCUGCGCACCAGGACUUGAACACCCCGUCGCAGGAGGUCCAGCCACAGGCAAAUGGAACCGUCAACGGCGCAAGCGGACAGCAGAAUGGACCAGCUCCCGCGACACCAGCCGCAACGCCGGGUCAACCGGGCAGCACUACGUCUGGAGUUGUCCCGAAGCUGCAGAAUCUUGUCGCUACUGUCAAUCUCAGCUGUCGCCUGGAUCUCAAGACGAUUGCACUGCACGCGCGUAACGCAGAGUACAACCCCAAGCGUUUCGCUGCCGUCAUCAUGCGUAUCCGCGACCCGAAGACCACUGCUCUAAUCUUCGCCUCCGGCAAGAUGGUCGUCACGGGUGCAAAGUCAGAGUCGGAUAGCAAACUUGCCUCGCGCAAGUAUGCGCGCAUCAUUCAGAAGCUUGGUUUUGACGCCAAGUUCACCGACUUCAAAAUCCAAAACAUCGUCGGCUCCUGUGAUGUGCAGUUCCCAAUACGCCUGGAGGGUCUGGCCAGCACACAUCACAACUUCUCUAGCUACGAGCCUGAGCUGUUCCCAGGUCUAAUCUACCGCAUGAUGAAACCGAAGAUUGUGCUCCUCAUCUUCGUCAGUGGCAAGAUUGUCUUGACUGGUGCGAAGGUUCGAGAAGAGAUAUACCAGGCCUUUGAGCUCAUCUAUCCGGUCUUGAGUGAUUUCCGCAAGUCAUGAGCUGUCAAUCAGCAAAAAAUAACUUCCGAGAACAGACUCACCGGUGGAUUCUCAAACCUGCGACACCGCUGUAUCACCAGUCUGUACCAACAGCACGUAUAGUUUGCAAAGACCCCCUGAAGCGUUGGGUGUCGGCUUCAUGGUCCUACUCAGCUCGUCAUCGUCGUCAUUACGACCAGGCGUGAGCAUGACUUCUUUUUUCUCUCUUCUCCACACUUUAUACGCGGCAUUGCAUGGUGUUUCCGGCGCGACAAAACAGUUUGACCUUUUUUUACAAAAGGGGAGAUUCAGGUCAUUAUUUUGAUGAUUAGACCAACUUUCACGACCGACGCUCGGUCGUUACACCUUCUGCACAUUACAAAACAUAUUUCGCACGAUGGCCAGCAUGUCCGGUGGGGGCGCCGGUCGGUCGAUCGGGUAUCACGCCAUCGUGUUUUUUUUCUCAACCCAUACUAAUCCGUACGUCCGUUUACUUUUGGGCUGAACAAAAGACUGAAACCGGUUGCUUUUAAACAAGUUGACUGCCCUAGGGAUGGGUUUUUUGUCUUCAUCAUACCCUUAGAGGCUUCCGCGCGAGAGGUGCUAGCGUUGAUUGACGUGGUGAAUGUAAGGAGGGGCGUAGUCAGGUUGCUGGUGUCUUUGAUGGUCCCGAUCGAGGUCGGUGACAGUAGCUGGAUCAUGAGAAACAGGGUCCAAGGAAGCAUGCUUUUUUAGGAGACGUAGCAUGCUAAUGAAAUGCAAUGUCAGUCGCUUAUGGACAAGAGAACUCUUGUG